ACUGAUUCAGAAACUCAUUAGGUAGGAGCCCAAACAGCCACACAUGACGCAUCCGAAAACAAUUCCUCCGUAGCAGCUCCACACCUCUGGCCAAUUGCGCGGGAACCGUACCGCUGUGCGCGGCCCCGCGCGUCAGGGGGCGCGCUUUGACGUCAGGAAGUGUCGCUGUGCUCUCGCCUCGGCAGCUGCUGCUAGAAUUGAGCCUGCAGAGGAGGGGAACAGAGAAACAGCAAACAUGGCAACGGGAACGGCAGAGGCAGAUACCAGGCAGAAGCUGCUGAAGACAGUGAAGAAGGAGGUUAAACAGAUCAUGGAAGAAGCAGUUACCAGAAAAUUUGUUCAUGAAGACAGCAGCCAUAUCAUCUCAUUCUGCGCUGCAGUUGAAGCUUGUGUUCUGUAUGGUUUGAAACGUAGAGCUGCUGGCUUCUUACGUAGCAACAAAAUAGCUGCCUUGUUCAUGAAAGUGGCAAAGAGCUUUCCUUUGGCAGAAGAACUUUGUAGGAAGGUGCAAGAUCUUGAACAGCUCUUGGAAAACAAGAGGAAUCAGAUGCAAGGUGUCCAGGAGAGUGUACGUAAGGCACAGAAGCUCCCUAACCUGUCCCCACAAGCCAUUAAACACCUCUGGAUUCGAACUGCCCUCAUUGAAAAGGUGUUAGAUAAAAUUGUCCUUUACCUGGUGGAGAACUGCAACAAAUACUAUGAAAAAGAAGCACUUUUAAUGGAUCCUGUGGAUGGUCCGAUCCUGGCCUCUCUGUUGGUUGGCCCGUGCGCUCUGGAAUACACAAAGAUGAAAACCGCAGACCACUUUUGGACAGACCCAUCUGCAGAUGAGCUGGUUCAGAGACACCGCAUCCAUAGUUCUCACUGUCGGCAAGAUUCUCCCACUAAGAGGCCUGCCCUGUGUAUUCAAAAACGACACUCUAGUGGAAGUAUGGAUGACAGACCAUCAAUGUCAGCACGUGAUUAUGUAGAGUCAUUACACCAAAAUUCCAGAGCUACCCUACUUUUUGGAAAGAACAAUGUAAUGGUUCAGCCGAGAGAUGACAUGGAAGCAAUUCCAGGAUAUUUAUCCCUUCACCAGUCGGCAGAUACUAUGACUUUGAAAUGGACUCCAAAUCAACUCAUGAAUGGAUCAGUUGGCGAUUUAGAUUAUGAAAAAAGUGUCUACUGGGACUACGCAAUGACAAUACGUCUUGAGGAAAUUGUGUAUUUGCAUUGUCACCAACAAGUAGAUAGUGGAGGAACAGUGGUCCUAGUGAGUCAGGAUGGUAUACAGAGGCCACCACUCAGGUUUCCACGGGGUGGACAUCUCCUGCAGUUUCUUUCAUGUUUGGAAAAUGGACUUCUUCCACAUGGACAACUAGAUCCUCCUCUAUGGUCUCAAAGAGGGAAGGGAAAGGUCUUUCCAAAACUGAGAAAGAGAAGUCCACAGGGUUCCUCAGAAUCUGCUUCAGACAAAGAAGAAGAUGAAGCUACAGAUUAUGUUUUCAGAAUUAUUUACCCAGGGAGUCAGUGUGAGUUUGUAGCUCAGGAACUAAUAGAUCCCCAGGGUGGGGGUCUGCCUUCUAUGUGGCAACCAAGCACAAGAAAGUCCUCCUGCUCAUCCUGUUCACAGAGUGGAUCUUCAGAUGGAGGACCCUCCAAUGGUUGUAAUCAUGAGAGAGCUCCACUAAAAAUGCUUUGUGACAAUAUGAAGUAUCAGAUUGUUUCUCGUGCAUUUUAUGGAUGGCUUGCCUACUGCAGACACCUUUCAACUGUGAGAACACACUUAUCAGCGCUGGUUAAUCAUAAGAUUGUGUAUCCUGACGUGCCUGUUGAUGCAAGCUUUGGGCUGACUGUGGCAAUCUGGCAAAAAUAUUUAGAAGAUAGUAAGAGCUAUGAAGAGCAGGAGCUUUUACGUCUGAUUUACUAUGGAGGCAUUCAACAUGAGAUCAGGAGAGAAGUUUGGCCUUUUCUUCUUGGACACUAUCAAUUUGGCAUGACAGAAGAAGAUAGAAGAGAGGUAGACGAACAAAUUCGUGCCUGCUAUGAGCAGACCAUGGCAGAGUGGUUGGGUUGUGAGGCUAUUGUUAGGCAACGGGAGAAGGAAUCUCAUGCAGCUGCUCUUUUAAAGUGUUCUUCGGGUGCCAGUCUAGAUAUCCAAAUCCAAAGAAUGAUGCACAGGGACUCUACAGUCAGCAAUGAGUCCUCCCAAAGCUGCAGCUCCGAUAGGCAAAAUCAUGCCCGUUUGCAGAGUGAUUCCAGCUCAAGUACACAGGUGUUUGAGUCAGUAGAAGAAGCAGAACAAAUAGAAGCCAGAAGUGAAGACAGCAAACCUACUAAGAUAUCCAAUGGAACAGUUGCUAAUGGAACCUGCUCUCCAGAUUCAGGCCAUCCUUCUUCACGAAAUUUCUCCAUUACCUCUGGGUACUCUGAACAGAGCUUUAGUACCGAUGACAAUGCCUCUCUGGAGACCAACAAAAACUCUCUGUACUUGCACAUGAAACAGGGGACUGCUGAGGUAAAAAAGCAAGCCACCUCAGAUAUUAUUCUGCCAGAGAACAAGACAGCAGAAGUGCUUCCUAUUCAGGACAGCUUGGAUGGAGAAGUGACCGCUAAUGAGAGCCUGGAUGAUUUUCUUUCAAUUACUGAAAGCACAGACGAUCUCCUGCCAGACAAGGAGACAGCUGUGCUCUCCGUUGUAGAAACGUGGCCAGACAGUGAAGCAGAGAAAGAGAGCCUCGUAGGAAGUGAAGAUAACUUGUCUGAAGAACCAGAGAUGGAGAGUCUGUAUCCACAGCUUGACUCAUUGGUUGUCAUUGAUGCUACAGUGUGUGAGAUGUCUCCGGUUUCUUCAACAGGGGUGACAUAUUCUCAAGAACUCUUGGACAUGUACACUAUAAAUCUACAUCGUAUUGAAAAGGACGUGCAGAGAUGUGACCGCAACUACUGGUAUUUCACACCAGCAAACUUAGAGAAGCUACGCAAUGUCAUGUGCAGCUAUGUCUGGCAGCACAUUGAGAUUGGAUAUGUUCAAGGCAUGUGUGAUCUCCUGGCUCCUCUCUUGGUAAUUCUAGAUGAUGAGGCAAAGGCCUUCAGCUGUUUUACUGAACUGAUGAAGAGGAUGAACCAGAACUUUCCUCAUGGAGGUGCCAUGGACACACACUUUGCAAAUAUGAGAUCUCUGAUACAGAUUUUGGAUUCAGAACUUUUUGAACUUAUGCAUCAAAAUGGUGACUACACUCAUUUCUACUUCUGCUACCGCUGGUUCCUUCUCGACUUUAAACGGGAAUUGGUAUAUGAUGAUGUCUUCUCAGUUUGGGAGACCAUUUGGGCAGCCAAGCAUAUUUCUUCUGCCCAUUUUGUCCUAUUCAUUGCCUUAGCUUUAGUAGAGGUUUAUCGGGAUAUUAUUCUUGAGAAUAAUAUGGACUUUACAGAUAUAAUCAAAUUCUUUAAUGAGAUGGCUGAAAGGCACAAUAUAAAGCACAUCCUGAAGCUUGCUCAAGAUUUGGUAUACAAGGUCCAGACUCUGAUAGAAAACAAAUAAGGACAAGCACUUCUUCAAAUACACAUUACCACCUGUACUGCCAUGGAUCCCUGCUAUUCAUACUCUGCAAUGCAGUCUUGCAUCUGUGGUUCAAAGGGUUAUAUAUACUUUCAUCUGCUAAAUUAUUUAAGCAAGUUCCAGAAAGAAAACUUACUUUUAGUAAAAGAGGAAACACAGCAAAAUGUCUGUGUUUCCAAUUUUUCACACUCAAUUUAAUUUCACUUUGGUAUUAGCAUUUUUUUUAUUAAACCAAAGACCUCAGAAUAAGUUCCUUCUACUCACUGAUUUCAGCUUUUCAACUGGGAUUGCAGAGGUUGAGGAAAUCAAUAGUAAUUGCUUAUUCUGCUGCUCUGCCCUACCUUGUAUAGUAACUCCCCCCUCAAUAUGCACAAUAUUCGUUGACUUCCAUUUUUAAAGAUUCUUUAUUAAAGGGGAGUCAACUGGCACACCUGUAGUCAACUACACUAAAGUUAAUUUAUUUAUUUUAAAAAAAAACCUAAUAAUGGUGUAAUUAGACUGUGAGUUCUGAAUCCCUUAUUGCCAGCGAAAAAUAUAAAUUUAUGCAAAUAACCCUAAACUGGCCUUAUGCGCAGUUUGUAUUAAACGGGGAUCUUCAUCUUGUGGUACUCUUUGUUGUAGCUUUACAUUCCAGCAUCCUCUAACAGCCUUGCUUUUGCAGAGCCACAGCUUGAAAAUCACUGGUAUAGAAGGUUUUCCUUAUUCAGAUAUUAACAGUCUAUUUUUUGUAUUUUCAAAUGAUCUUACCAUUGCAGGGAAGACUUUUAGUCAAAAGGCUACUGUACUUAUGAUAAAGUAAAUGAAAAUGAUUUAUCUUUAUUGUUAAGUGUACUUUGCAUUUACACUGACAUAUGCUGCUAAAUAUGUGAGGAUGCUUUUGGCAAUGUCAAACACCAUCACCAAACAUCACUCUUUACUUUAAACUUUAGAGAGUUGUAUGGUAAAUUACUGUCGAAUCAUCAUAUGGUGCAGAGACUGGUACUGUUGAAGUUUACAUGAAGAUGGCUAAGUAAUCAAACCAAAUUUCUUUUUUUUUAGACUUAAACUAGCCUGCUAUCUCAUUGCCAUUUUACUGUGCUUCAUUCAGCAGGCUAAUUUAUUUACUCAUUUAUAUUUUCACACGGUCUGUACUCAUAUUAAUUAAAUAUAAAUACAGCUGUAAGUUACCCCAAUAUUACAAUUCAAUGGCAUGCCAUCCAUUUACACACACAAAGAUAUAUAUAGCCAUUAAUAUUUACUUGUCCUCUUCUGUCAUUGGGUGUACACUGAUGACAGUAAAGCAGUGCAGUAAAUGCAGUGGAUUUUAAUUGGUCUCCUGGACACCUUUUUGAUUCUGUUCAGAAUGUCUAAAGCUGUCUUUUAUUGUGAUCUUUCUACCUGUUAAUAUUAGAAAAAGCCGUAGUCUUCACAGUGCCAACUUUCAAAACCUACAAAUGUCUUAACUUGAGGCCACGGUUCACCAUCAGUCCUUGUAUUCAGCAUCUCCAUUGGUAUCUGCACAUACAUAGCCCUAACAUAAAAGGUACUGUAUUUCAAAGAAUAUCAGCUAUAUGAAGACUGGGAUAUCAAACUGAAAACCCCCUAACAGCUUUGAAUUACAGCUUCCAGAAACCUCAGCUGGCUGACUGUGGGUUUUGUUCAUAUAUGGGGCUUAUACACUUAGGCAUCUUUGCAUCCAUCUUGUGUAUAGCUUUGAAGCUUAUUUUAACCCUGCUGACAGAUUGUCAGUAAAAUGGAGUUUCAGGUUUGGUCUUCAUGUUUACAUAUCAACUUGCUUGAAUUAAAAAAAAAAGUCCUGCUUCAUGUUUACAUCUCAGUAGAGUUUGGUGAUAACGGUGUCCCAGUGGCAGGGUUAAUAGCAUGCUUCAGCUUCAUAUACACUAGGCGAAUGUACAAGCCUUUACAGUUAAGUAUGUGGUCUAGGUUUCUCUGCAGAUGUAAAUAAUUUCUUGCCUACAGCAUUUACUCUUUUAUAGGGGAUUUUCUGUUGAAAAGAAUAUAGCUUGGGAGAACUUCUUUUCACGCAAAGUCUUCACACAUCUGCACAACUAAUAUUGUUGAGUGUCAGCAAUUAAUUCCAUGGGUUCCUGAUGGCCCUGCAUUAACCUGCUAAUUAAUCUAUAAUAUUCUUAUGACUGUGUGUUCUUAAAUAACAGUGUUUCAAAGAAUUUAUGAUAAGAAGAAAUAUUUAUUUAUUUAUUCUAUAUACUGUACAUUUCUAUGUGUCUGUGUUAGAGUCAGUGACAUAUUCUGUUGGUAGGGAUAUCGCUUUAAUGUUCAGACAUAUCUUGUAAAUGUUCUCCAAAAUGCAGUCUGUGUGUGUGCGUGUGCGUGUAAACAUGAUGAGGAGAACGUUAGGGAGCUGGGGAUUUAUCAUAUGUAAAGCCACUGUUAGCUGUAGGUAUGGAUCACAUGACACACGGUAUAAUCAAUGGUCUGCCUCAGUGUUUUACCUUUCUAGGUGUUAUUUUGUUCCAUCAGGAGACGGAAAGCUUAAGUUGUACAUCGGCAAAUCUAUGAUUAUAAUAUAAAAGUGGUUCCAGUGCAAUAAAAAAAUGUGUUUUGCACCGUUUUCUGUAGCAUAAACUAUAAAUCUCCAGUAUGCUCUUUCAGUUCACCUAAGUGUCUCUCUAGUUCAUACCUCUGUAACCCAAGAGGGUUGAAGAAGUAAGCAAAAAAAUUAACAAAAAAAAAUUAUAAUAAUGGGCUUUUUGGGCUUUGUCUGACUGAUCUUUCAACUGCACAGCAGCUGAUAGUAUUGUAGGUUUUAUAUAACUGUGUUAUAUCCACACUUAGCUGUCAUUUAAAUGGAAAAUACACCCCCUUUUUGACACAAGCUCCUUCAGUUGUGCUUAAGUUAAAAAUGGUGCAUAAACAGUAAACUUAAAAAAAUAAAUAUAAUAAUAUAAAUAAAACUUUCUUUAGAAAUAUAUAGAAGGAAUUCAAGUUCCAGAAUACAUAGGUUCAUGUGGAACAAGGUGAAAGAGGGGUUGGAUCACUCCAUGAGCCUUAGGGCGAUGGAACAUGGUAGGAUUUGUUGUCUGUAUAAAUCUGCUCUACUGGGGAAGUAAAACAUAUUACACAUGGCAAAGCGGCUUAAUUGCAGGAAAUUGCCUCCCAUUCAGAUUGCAAUGUUUUACUCAAGGUGAUCUUUUUGGAAGAUUUGUCACCUGCGGUAGCACAGAUUUAACACAGGCAACAAAUCUCAUCAUGUGCCAUCACCUUAGGGGCAAGCGAAAUUGGUUCCGGUAUGCACAGACAGACUUUCAUAACUGUUUAUAUUUGUUUGUUUUCAUGUUUGGAAGUUAAGUGUUUAUACACAAUUUUUACAUGAGCCUAAUUGAAACUUGUGCCCAAAAGGUGGGUAUAGUUUCCUUUUCAGCGGUCCUUCUGUUCUUAAGUGAAUGUAACUUUUACUCCUAAGGCAUGUAGCAGCGGGAGGGAGGAUCAGGAGAAUAGCCUAAACUAAUGUUACUAAGGAAUCUACAACACAUGGCACAAAUAUAAGGAAAAUCUGGGCCCAUGAAGUGUAGUAUGAUAUGUGUGAGUGCUGAGGGAUGUUGUGAUCCUACAAUACCUCAACUUGAGUGUUAUGAAGAUGCAACAAAAAAAAAAAAAUGGGUGUUUUCUUGACAUUUCAGAUGUGACACAUUUCAAAGUGACAAUGAUUAUGUUUUCUAGAGUGCAUUUCUUUACAGAGUGUUCAGAAUUUGGAUAAUUUCAUAUAAAAAUGGUUUGGCAUCAGUUGAGUUCUAACUUAUGAAAGAUCCACAAUUCUAUCCUGUAAGUAGAGCUCAUUUUAUUCAAUCGUUCUUGCAUCUCACGUGUGUAUCAGUCCUUGCAUCAUGCUCCAGCGUAAGGAUUGAAAUACUUGUGUGCCUGAAUAAUACCAGAUUUAACUAAUUCUCUUGAAUAUCAUUUACAAAUAUACUGUUCAGUGAACAGAAAUUUUUCAGAAUGAUUUAGGAAUAUUUAGGACUUUAGGCACAAUUGAACUUAAUCUUAUUAGGCUGGUGAAGUAACAAUAGACGUAAAUUAUUAGCAACUCUGCCUAGUGAGGUACAGCUGGGGCAACACCAUAGCCCUUAUUUUUAUUUACCAUUAUGUAAUAGAUCCAGCCUUCCGGGUUACAUCCCAUGUAAAAAAGACAUUCUUGUCGUUCGGGUUGUUCCCGUGAGGCCACUGUAAACACAAUCAAUUGAACUUUAAAAAAAAAAACACCAUAAGAUUUUAAAAAAGUGGAAGUUGUCUUCAAACUUAUCUAUGUAAUAUUCACUGAGCAACAGACAGCACUAAAUAUGGCCACAUAGUGACCAAGCCCUAGGUCAGUCAUUUGCAAACAUACUGGGUGAUCAAUGGAUGAUCAUGAGUGUUAUGGAGAAUCCUACCAAAUUUAACACUAAACCAAAUUAUACACUACAGUAUUCCUGAUGCUAUCAUUACUAAUUAAAGCAUACCUAUCAUUAUUUACCACAAUGUAUUUUUUGAUGUGCCGGGAUGUUAAGACUGUUCUCUAUAAAAAUAUGCUAACUGUUCUUUCAGUUUUUAGCUUAUUAUAAAACUUUCAUUUAGCUUAAAUGGGAACUAUCACAAAAAUAAAAAUGUAAUAUUAGCUUCCUUAUACUGAAAUACAACAAAACGGUUUAAAUAUAAUCAGUUAAAAAUUGUAUCCUGUUUCUGAAUUAAUCAAGUUCUUCUUUACUUUUUCCCUCCCAGCACCUGUCUCUCUUCAUGCAGAAGUUGGAGUCAGAUUUUAAAUGACAGGUCUUAAAUCUCUGUUAGAGCCUCCCUUUCCUAACUGUCUCCAGCACAAACAGAAUAACUGACUUUAGCACAAAUCCUGCAUGUAGAGAGACAGGAUUUCUGAGUGGGUUAUUUUAAAUGUGUGAGCUCUAAUACAUCUGCUGUGCAAAAGCAGUUCUAAUGUGUAGCGCUGGCUCCUUCUGAAAGCUCAGACUCGGCACAAUGAGAUGGCUGACUACACACCAAUAUUACAAUUAAAAAAAAUACAUUAGUUGGUUCAAAAAUAAAAUUUUCAAUGGUAGAGUGAAAUAUUUGUUAUGUAAUUUACAAAUAAAAAGUAUACUAUAAAAAUCAUGACAGAUUCCUUUUAAAUUACAGAGUUUAUUUAUCAACAUGGAGCAUUUCCAGUUUAACAAUUUGUUCAAAACCUUAAUCGCUGACUGCAGUUUGUUACUGCUGAGUUCAAACGGCCUACAGAGCAGGAGUGUGUUCAAACAUGUUCUGCUGAAUUGGCACAAUCUGUACUGAGAGAUUAUUACAAUUAUCCUUUAUUUAUAUAGCAACAACAUAUCUAAACUGCAUUUUACACAUAUUAUACAUAAUUCAAAUUAGUCCCUGCUCUGUGGAGUUCACAACCUAAGUUCUAAGGGCCCUAUCACAUUAGCAUGCACUAUGGUCAAUUUUAUGAAGAGCCAGUUCAACUACCUUUAUGUUUCUGGCAUGAGGGAUGAAGCCAGAGUAGCAGUACCCUGGGGAGAAUUCACAAAAGUGGGAUUAAGCAAAAUUGGCAGUAAAUUGGAGCAAAGUGUUAAUUUAUGGCAGGAAAUCAUUAAGGCUAAUACCACACCAUGCGUAAUGGGUAUACUUUCGGCAAGCCGAAAAACGCUUGCCAAAAAUACACGCCAUACGCUCCUACCUUUGCCUGCACCCGAAUGGAUAUGCCUGCAAUGAAUGGAAUACGCUCGGGUGCAGGCACAUGUAGCUGCAUUUUCGGCAAGAGUUUUUCAGCUUACAGAAAAUAACUGCCAUAUGAAUGGUGUGGCAUUAGCCUAAAUGCCAAAAUCACAGUCGCCUGAAUGCAAGAUUUUUUUUCUCACCACCCUACACCAAUGUUGUUUUUUUUUCCCCUCAAAACUUAAGAGUAAAGCUGCUAAGUGUCAUCUGACUGAAUUUAAUGCAAAACGAGGAAAAUGUACACCAACUUUAAGUCAUACUCCAGAUUAGUCUGCCCAAAUGCUACUCGUAGUGCCAUUCAAUGACAAUUUAACGCCAAAUGAUAUAAACCCAGCAUAUUCAUGAAAUGGAUAAUAAGUGAACUCCAAUAAUAUUUCUGACUUCAAUUUCAUUUUACCCCACUUUUGUGACUUCCUUUCCCAACUCUGUCAGCGUGUUGAACAAUUUUUCAAAAAAGUGUUUAAAAUUUGUGGAAUAUAUAAAACUGCUAGGAAUCCUUAUAGAUUGCUCAGAUCAAUCUUUUCAUAAGUCUGCAUAAAUAAAUGAGAUCUUUUCAGUUUGUUAGGAUGUCAAAAACAUCUGUAUUGUAAUAUUAUAGAUCAGGAUACAUACAGAUUGCAUUUGUUUGGGGUUUUUGCCUUAAUUUAAUUACUGUUCAUAAAAUGUUGCCAAUCUUGGAACUCAACAUGGUGGUAAUCUGUUUUUAUAUGAUUUUAUUCAUGUUUUAUUUUUUUUAAUGUAAUUUGCUAUUUACUGUUGUUCAGAGAUAAACUCUAUAAAGAUAUAUUAUAUAUGGUAUAUGUAUUUUCAAAUAAAUAAAGCUACUUGUUGUUAUUUACA